CGCCAAGUCGCCGUUGCUUGGAACACCCGCAGAAUCGCCGUUUCUCCCCUUCGAAAAAUCUUCACUUGCCCUUCCUCUGCAAAUGAACUGGGACCCAGACGCGCAUGUUUUUCGAGCUCUCCAGUUAAACGAGCGAACACACUGAUUGCUUUCAACGUUCUUCGCCGUGCUGACGAAAAACAGAGUGGCAGAGGCUGUCGCGACAUGCGCGCGAACGACGCUCUCUCUGCUGAAAACGUUGUUUGAACGCCAGGGGCGACGCGACACUGGGAGUCCUCUGGAGAGUGGACGUUUUGACAGAGUGGCGACUAAGUCGAGAACUCUUGCCAAGUGAAGUCAUCGAGAGUUCGAGGUCUUUCUCUCAACUUGCUCUUUCACGGGGAAGAACAAGUCGGGGUCGAGUCUCCUUCUUCUCCAGCUGCGACAGCGUCCGUCGUCUAGAUAGAGUCCUCGAGAGAGAGUUGGAGUGUCGCGUCGGCACACGAGGCAGACGAGACAAGCCGCAGAGCAUCAGCUUUUGCGUCCAUACCUUUUUCGCGUUUUUCCUGAACAAAACGCGUCUGAGCGUUCGCCGCAUGUCGGCGUGUGUCUGGACUUCCUCAAUUUGUCCGUCUCUCACACUGGGCCAACCAGCUGAGCAGUCUCUCAAGUGCUACUGCAGUGCCUGCGCGUCUCCUCUCCGCCUUGCCUUCUUCUGCACGAAGGGAGACUCCAAACGCUUCUCCCUGCUCACCUUCGUCAGCUGGCUUCUGCCUUCUGCGCUCUCCGCUUCACCCUCGCAAUGGAGGACCGUACCGGGGAGGCGUCUCGCGUCACACCCCAGGACGCGUCGUUCGAGGCAGAUGAAGAAGGCGGCAAGGCCGACACAGGCAACGCCAGCGAAGCGCGCAGGACAGAGGAACAGAAGGCGGAAGGCGAUAGCGAAGAAGAGAGCACUCGCGGCGGCCACAAAGCCGUCGAGACACCCCACACUUCUCCAGUUCAGUCUGCGGGAGAGAAGCCGCGCGCAGAAGAGGCGACGGGAACUCAAGAAUGCGAAAAACAGAGAGAGACAGAGGAGCAGAACAGAGACAAUCCCCCGCCAGAGGAAGAAGAGAAACCCACUAUGUACCGCCUGAGAGUACGGUGUGCCCCCUUCAAUCCGAUCGUUGAAAUCGCCGCAAAUAAAACUUUCCAGGACUUGUUAAAAGCUGUGGCGCAAUCGACUCAACUCCCGCACCUGGAGGACCCCGGCAAAUUCAGCUUGCUUGCGGGGUUUCCACCGAAGCGUCUGGAAGUCCCGCAUGACACGCAGAUCUCCUCGUUUCUUCAGGACGGCGAAGCGCUGACUCCAGAGAGACGGAGGACCUCCCAAGACGAAGCCAUCAUUUGCUCGUCUUCGUCUCCUAUCAGUCGACGCGAAGGCCGAGGACUGACGCCAAAAUCUCCCGGCAGAAACGCGGUUCCUCGACCCAACUCAAACAUUCAUACUCUCUCUUCUUCCUCCUCCUCUUCGCCGUCCUCGUCGGUUUUUCUUGACGGGAGAAAAGAGACAGCUUCCACUUCGCGGACGGCGGCGGGUCAAUGGAGACGCGGGAGAGAAGCGAAGAAAGGAACUGUUUUUUCUCUCGGCAGCAGCGAAGAGGAAGUCGCGGAAAACCUCGUUCGCCUUUUUACCGACAAGACGAAUUCUGCGGCAGAGAAAGGACUGAAGAAAGCCUUCUCUCUCGCUCUGCACCAGCGCUACGCGGAGACGACGGCGGACGAGCGCUGGGGAGCUGUCCAGGGCCGGCGAUUCACCAUCAAAGAGGGGCAUCCGCAACCGGGGAAGUUCACGGUCAACUUUUUUGCGCCUGUCUCCGGACGAGUGGAUACAGAGAGAACAGAAGAAUACACAGCUCUUCCCAAGAACCUCGUCCUUCUUGUUCUCUCGCAAGUCUGGCAAAGUGCAGAAGACGUAGAUCGACACAACCUGCGUCCGUACUACAUGGCGCAUGCACAACCCAUGAUGUUCUGGAACAUCGUCCGGCACUUUGAUGGAGACUUCGGCGCCUGCCUUCGACAAGUUCUCCCUGCAGCCGCCGUCCAGGAGCUUCUGGACAGAAAACGGGAGUUGUCAGAGAAGGCGAAGGAAAAUAAACGACAAGCAGAAGACGCUGCCCGAAUGCGGGAGGAGAAGCGCCUGCUCCGAGCACAGCAAAACGUUGCCCGCGCGUUGCGCACCAAUGCGAGGGUCCAGAGGGGAGACGCUCACGGAGGCACCCCACAGUCGGAGACAGUCUCUUCGUCUGCAGAGGCAGUGUCCCCGAGAGGCGAGGGCAAGGAGACCGGCCUGGGACGAGAAGAAGGGAGCCAGCAGGACGCAGGCGCAUGCGAUGAAGACGUUGGAAAGAAGGGAGAGAGAAGCGCAAGGAGAGAAUCAGCGGAGAGGAGAACGAGCGCACCACCUGAGUUCAUCCAAGUGGGAGAAAGCUCAGAAGGAGCGACAGAGCAUGCAGAGUCUUCGUCGCUUGAAGGAAGGAGGGGAGAGCAGGAGGAUGCAGAAAGGGAGGGAAACGACCGAAGCCUGCAAUGCGAAGAGCGCAGCGAGGCAGUGGAAGGGAAAGAGGAAACGAGAGGUGGAAAACGCAUGCAGAGAGGAAAUGAAAAGGUUUUUGCGAGGCACAGCGACGACGCAGGCGGGAGCCCGCAGAACAGGGCGACAGGCCCCAAGGAUCGAAGGCGCAAGAGAUUCGAAGAAGCGGAAGGAGACAGAGAGCAUGCCGGGGGGCAGGAGACAGAGGCGAGGCGUCAGAGACAGCGACUUGAUACUCAGAAAAAUGGGGAUGUUCAAGAGCCAGAGAAAGACUACCACGUUCCCUGUUCGAGGGCGAAGUCAGGCCCAGAGGGCUGUGGCGAUUCGGCAGUCUCCCUACGCGCCGCAGCCUCGUCUUCCCGACGAAACGGAGACAGACCCUCAGAGUGUUCUGCACUCCCUCAGGAUCUGUCGUCGUCACAGAACUCUCAAGCGAAGGACGAGAGCGAGAAGGAAGAGAAUGCGAAGACAACGCAGCUCACAGGUGAUGUAUCGACGAGCGCGAAGGACGAGAGGCCAACAGAAGAGCUGACGGAGAAGAGAAGGAGACGUGGAGAGAGUGGUGGUGGAAGGAGGAAGGAACCAGCUUUGCCUUUCCCCGAGAUGCUUCUUUCCUGGGCGGGGCGAGAGGAAGGAGAAGAUGAAGACUACGAAGCAGACAGUGCAGAAGAGGAAGAAGAAGAGACGGAGAGAAAACCAAGAAACAAGGCGCGGGCAAAGACGAAGGCUGCAAACAAGAAACCGCGAACAACGGUCACAAAGAACAAAGAGGAGGCCAAGGAUAAACUGCACGAGGGAGCAUGCAAUCAACACCACGCAGAUCCACCCUUGCAGACACGCGUGGAUUCUUCUUCUCUUCCUGCUUCUUCUCUUCCUGCUUCUUCAGUCUCAGGAGAAACGAGGAAGCGAGGCGCACCGACGUCUCGAGGAAGGCGGCGAGGAGGCAAGGACACACCUGAGUCAGAAAAAGUUCGGAACGAGCAGCAACAGAGCGCCGAAGAAAGGCGGAGAAAUUUGGCAGCUGCUGCAGAGGCACGAGCGGCGCGGCAGGCGGUCCUUCCAGCAGAAGAGCGGGGGUAGCGAGGAGGCGAAGAGAGGAAGAGAGAGCAGAGACAGGAGAAAAUAAGGUCUACUGCGCACAGCGAGGAGAGCCGAGAGAGGAACGGACCUGUAGAGGGCGAGAAGGAGAACGAGGAGGUGUCAGACUUGUGUGCUGUCGUUUUUCUCAAGUGCUGGGCCUCUUGUGAAGCCUGCAGUCACGGUCCGCUGUUUCGCGCGUUCCGAGAACACCAAGAAGAAUCGCAACGAAGCGCCGUCAGACUCAAAUGCGUUCUUCCAAAUAAGAAAACUCUCUGAUCCAGGCCCGGGAAGCUUCCUCGCAAGAACUGAGCACCACGAUUUCUG